AUGUCGUUCCUCUUUGGUGGUGGACGGCCGCAACCGACCUCUCAAGAGAAGAUUGCAGCCGCUGAGGCCGAAGUCUUGCUGAUCCAGGACUUGUUCCAAAAGUCAAUCUUGUCGUGCAAGAAGAAGUGUAUCCCUGCCGAUUACCGCGAGGCCGAGCUCAACAAGGCCGAGAGCGUCUGCCUCGACCGGUGUAUGGCCAAAUUCAUCGAAGUCAACAUGCAGAUCUCGGACAAGUUAAAGGAAAAGGCUCCUGGGGGCGGCGCAGGAGGCGGCGGCAUGUUUGGCAUGUGA